GCCCGGGUCUACAACCGGGCGUACACCGUGGGCGAGGAGUCGGAGCGCGACCUGGCCGAGUCCAAGCACCUCACCAGACAUGCGGCCGCCUGCGCCCAGAGGGCACAGGAGUACUCCAAAACCACCCUGGCCCAGCGCCUGCAGGACAUCCACUUCUGGAGGGUGGAGCUGCAGAAGGAGGUCAUGGAGCUGGACGCCGAGACCAACCUGCUGGCGGCGCAGAAGCUGCGGCUGGAGCGGACCCUCGAUGCCACCGAGGUGCCCUACGGGGUGGUCACCGAUAAUCUGCAGUGCCGGGAGAGGAGGCAGCCCCCGGACCUGGUCAUUGAUGAGGUGGAGAGGCAGCUGCUGAAGGAAGCUGAUCUUAUCAGGAAUAUCCGGGAUCUUUUGAAAAGAACUAUAAUCCAAGCCACCAACCAGAUCCGCUCCAAUCGGAUUCAGAAGGAGUUUUGUGAGCUGGACUGGUCGGACAAGGUGGAGACCUAUCACAUAGAUGACAAAUGUGUGACCUACAACAACGACAGCACCAACAUCCAGUUCCACCCCAGCUCCGUCAAGUUCGAGGAGAACGCCUCCACACCCAAGACCUGGGCCCAGUUCAGCCAUGACAACAUUUAUAGUGCAGAACAGGAAAAAUUGGCCUCUGUGCAGCUCCGCUCCCUCAUCAACAACAUCAUCCACGACGUGUCCGAGGACCUGCGGAUGCAGCGGGCGGCCGUCAACGAGGCCUUCGACAACCACUGCAGGGAGCUGGAUGAUGCCAAGCUCAGGCUGGAGCAGCACCUGGCAAAGGCCAUUGCAAGUGUGGAAAAAACAGUCAUUCCCUGGGACCUGGUGGCCCCUCCUGGAGGGAGGAUGUGUUGUCCCCCCAUGUUGGUGAGCGAAGUGGAAGAACUCACGGUGUUCCUUGAAGCCCUGAAGAGAAAACUGAUGGAAUCUGAGCAGUGCCUGAAGAACCUGGAGGAGACAAGGAUGAAGCUGGAGAAGGAAAUAGCUGUGAAGGCCAACAGCAUUUUUAUUGACAGGGAGAAGUGCAUGACCUUCCGGAUCCGCUACCCCGUGGAUCUGGAAGUAGCCAGUUACAAACAGUGAUUUCUGUCCUAACUCUGCAAAUCUGGGGGGAAAAUAGGACUCCUUCUUUUCUGUUAAGCCCUUGGCAAGUGUGGAAAAAAAGUCUAGAAUCUUUCAUGUAAAUAUAAAAUAAAUGGAUAUUAUUA